AUGACGCACAGAUUCACAAGAACGCAAGCGAUGGCACUUGUUGAGCCGAUAAUGCAGCGCAUCAAACAAGAGAAAUGGCAAGAGGCGUUGAAUGACGAGCUCGCAUCCAAGUUGACAGAAGAGACGGUUGCGGUGCUAUCUCCUUCAACCAAGAUUUGGCUCAUUACGUGGGCGACCCAGGCAGAUAAGCCGAUCAUUCUCCAACACCUCCAAAAAGGCUCUGGCUCUAUGGACAAAUUCGCGUUACCAUCUGAAAUACUACUAGAUGAUCUAUUCGAACUAUCGGAGUACCCAGAGUUCAAUAACGAAGUGAAGCGGGACAUGCAGGCAACGAUUGCAGCGCUUCGCCACAAGAUUCGCAACAUGGAAGAAAGGCAGCUGUGGAUGGAUAGAAUAAAGCCCAUGGACAGAAUGAAUGUCGUUCAGAGCGCCAUGCUUGCUAUGAAACAAGACAUGGAAGAGUAUCAAACUGUUGCCAAACUCGCCGCCAGGAAUAAUAUAGACCACAUUCAGGAAACCAUCAAGAUUGCUUUGCAAGAUCAAAUGAAUGGGUAUCAAAUCAUGUCUACGGCCGGCGUCACAAGAAUCAUGAGCCGCAUUCUGCGUACCACCGAUUUUGUUGUGAAGGAAACGGAAAAAAUACGGAAAAGCACCCAGAAAGGCGCUACAAAACGCACGCAUGAAGAGGCUUUUAGCAACCAGGAUCGCAAGUAA